CCUGCAUCUUCUAGGAUGCUGGACAACUGCCCACUUGUUGGGCUGCUGCUGAUCGGGGUGGCAGCCUGGGGGAAAAGCUUUGGCAUCCCCUCCACCGUGGGCGUCUUCCUGCUGCUCAUCGCCAUCGUGGGGCUCAUUGGGGCGAUCAACCACCACCAAGUCAUGCUCUUCUUUUACAUGGUCAUUUUAGGCCUGGUCUUUCUCUUCCAGCUGGGCGUCUCCUGUUCAUGUCUGGCCCUUAAUACGAGCCGCCAGGAGCGUCUCUUCACAGCCGCCUGGAACAUCCUGGGCAACUCCACCCGCAAGGACAUCGAGGUGAAACUGAACUGCUGCGGGCUGCUGAACAACACCAGUGACGCCCUGGCCAUGCAAACGUUCCAGGCCGACUACAGCGCCUGCAAGGCUGUGUGUAAGGUCAACAUGACCCGCUGCCCCAAGUGCGGGGAGAAGAUGCUGAAGCAUUCGGACGAGGCCCUGAAAAUCCUCGGGGGAGUCGGGCUCUUCUUCAGCUUCACGGAGAUCCUCGGCGUGCUGCUAGCCAUGCGCUACAGAAACCAGAAAGACCCCAGAGCGAACCCCAGUGCCUUCUUAUAGAGCCGUCAGCCCCUGCCCGCCUUAGCUUCGUGUACAUUAGCCCAGAGAACCCAUCUCCCCUGCUCGGAAGGAACAUGACGCCUGGCCCGGCUUCCCCCAGCCCUGGCUGUGCCACCAA